AUGUGCAUGGGUAUUUUGAAAGACCAACCACAAUUAGAAGACGACUAUUGGAAUCUUAACAUAGCCUCUAAACAAUUUGUGGGUAAGGAUGCGAGCGGUCUCAAAUGGUUCGAAUGCAAUAUUCUAUGUUCCCAUCAUAAAAACGUAUCGAGACUAGCAGGGGAAUUGGAAAUCAAUGAAAGUCAAAAAUAUUGUGAAGUUCAUAACUUCGAAUUCGUAACUCAAACUAGUCCCAAAUUCGAAGGACUGAAGAGGGAUUCAUCUAUAUGGAUAGAAGAUGAUGAUAAUAAUAAACAACGACUCACGUCGAUAGAGAAAGUCGAAGCAACGACUCUCACCUCGGACAACUCUGCAGCUGAAACUACAUCACCGUCCAAGGAAAAAAAAAGCCAUCACGAAGGCAACCAUCGCGACGUCGCGAUUAAACCUCUCUAUUUUUCGUCUAUAGUUUUUCAUAUAGUAGAUGGAAUAA